AUGUCCACCGAAGGCCAUCAGGAUGAAAAGUCCGCAAUAGGGGCAGUCGCCGCCACCGACGCAGUGGCUAAUGUGGAUCCUUCUCCCGAACAAAGGACCGGUCUGGCGGAUCUAGAAGGCAUCAAGCGCAACUGGAACAUUCGCAGUCUGAUCGUGAUCUGGAUCUCCGCUGGUUUGAUGAGCUUUGUGGUCAACUUGAAUAACCAGUCAUCAUCUACGUUUACACCGUAUGCGGCGAGUGGCUUUAGCUCGGCGCCCCUGGUGGGCACAAUUGCCGUCGUUCAAGCAGUUAUUGCAUCUGCAUGUUUGCAACCACUGGCGAGAUUUUCCGAUCUAUAUGGACGAUUGGAAAUGUUUCUGUUUUGCAUAUUGAUGAGCACUAUUGGGCUGAUAAUGCUUUCAUCCUCGGCUAAUGUAGGCGUCUAUGCUGGCGCUCAGGUAUUUUGGGUAAUUGGUCUCGAGGGAAUUCUAUUGAUGCUUCAAAUCUUGGCCGGUGACUCGAGCGACCUUCGUAAUCGUGCGAUUAUGAACGCGAUCCCAUAUUCGACAUCAGUUAUUACCGCCUGGAUCACCUCUCCCUUUGCGGCGUCUGUUUUAAAAGUCUCGUGGAGAUGGGGAUUUGGAAUUUUCGCAAUUCUUAUUCCCGUUAUUGGAACUCCACUUGUUUUAUCUUUAUGGCAUAGUCAACGAAAAGCGACAAAACAACAAAAGGCCCAAGGAACAUACAAGCGCCGCGAUUACCUUGGUAAUAUCACACGACUUGACCCCAUUGGCCUAAUUCUCUUUGCGGCUGGGCUUUCCUUAUUGCUUGUGCCUAUCACACUAGCGGCCAGUUCUACGAACACCUGGAAGGCCCCCCAUAUCAUCGCCAUGAUAGUGAUCGGCUUUGUCUGUCUAGUUGCGUUCGUCAUUUGGGAGAUCAAGUGGGCUCCCUGGCCGAUGCUCUCUAUGAGGCUAUUCAAAAGCAGGACUGUUAUCUUCGGCCUAACAGCCUCUUUAAUCGACUAUACAGCACUCUACCUCGUUCAAGACUAUAUUGUUACAUAUGAGCUUGUCGCCGCUGAGCUGUCCGUCAAGGCCGCUACAAACAUCGCAAUUCUCAUUCCAUUCACUGCUGCAAUUGGGCAGUUUACAUCCGCGUUCGUUGUUAAGUUUACGAAGCGAUAUAAAUGGAUCACCAUAUCCGGGUAUGCAAUGAAUCUCCUUGGGCUUGGGCUGUCAUAUAAGUAUAUCAAUGGACAUGAUCACUUGGGUGCGCUGGUUGUAUCCCAAUUGAUACUGGGCUUUGGAGAGGGGGUGAUCAACACCAUGCAGCUUGACAUGGCUGCUGUGACAGCUUUGUUCACUGCCGCGCUUGGAGUGGGUAGUGCAUUUGGUGGGGCUGUGUCCGGAGGAGUGUGGACUUCUAUUCUCCCUCGGAGACUUCGCGAAUACCUACCUAGCGAUUCUCUUAGCCAACUUGCUGAGAUUGAAGGGUCUAUUGAAGUUGCCGCGGGAUAUCCCUGGGGCUCUUCAACACGAAAUGCCAUCAACCACUCAUAUACAAGCACAUUCCGCCUGAUGUUGCUGAUUGCCGUCAUUCUCGAAGUUUUUGCCUUGGGCUUUGCUCUGCUUAUUGAGGAUCUCAAUGUUAAGGAGGUGGACGAUUCGCGAGAGUACAAGGGUAUCGUGAUUGGAAAGACGGGUGCGGUUGACACUUUGAAGGGUAGGAUUCACGUCAAACAAGAUGAAGUGGUAGCUUAG